AUGAUCUUCCCCAUCUUCAACAUGCCUUGCCUCCACAAUCAUCACCAACCGCCUCACAACCACCACUCUCGUGACUUUCAUGACGGCGAAAUGUCGUCCUCUGCAGCCAUUGGUCUAGCUGUCGGCCUCACUCUCAUCGCAGUCAUCAUCGCUGCUCUCAUCUACUGUUGGUGCUGGCGCCAGCAUGACCGGAACAAGAAGCAUCGCCGGCAAAACUCUCACCGUUGCGAGAAUCAAGUCAGUCACGUCACAGCUGAGAAGAAGCAGACGCAACAAAAACAGGAUGGCAGCACGCAAACCGAACAAAAUCCUCCGCUGCCAAAGGUGCCCCUAUCAAUUCAUCACCAUCAACAUGACGACAAGCAUUUCCACGGAGAUCACUACCAUGAUCAUAUCCAUGAAGGCGACCAUAUCCUAGACUGCCCUGAUCGCAAUAUUGACCCAGAUGUUCACGGAGAUUUUCAUCGGAGCAGCCACGGCCACCACCGUCAUCGUCACAGCCAUCACCGCUUUCACCGCACCCAUCAAAUCCUCCUUCCCCGCGACCCCAUUGCCGAGUUUGAGAACCUUAUAAGCCCUCUUUCUCCUGGAAUCCCAGAUGCCACUCGUGCAGAUUUGGAAGCCAUUCUCAACGGUCUCGAUAUCCCGCUACCGAACGAGCCCAUCCGAACGAAUAGUCGUGCUGAUGAUGAACAAGGGACUGCACGCCACGAGGAAGAGUCGAGAGAGAGGCGAAGGAAGAAGCAUCAUCACCAUCAUCAUCAUCAUCAUCAUCGCCACCGCCGCUGUCAUCGUCAUAAGCGCGUGACACUUCAUUGA